UCUCCUGUAAACCCCGUUUGUUGUGACUGUCCGAAAUCUGCACCGCUCCCACGGAUAACGGAGGCGUUAUUCCGACUCGUCCGAGGACCGAACAACGUCGCUCCCCCAAAAAAGCACCGGACGGUCCCGGUGGAAUUCUUGUAAAGCGACCCGCCCUGCGUUUUGGAGCUUGUCUCGUUCCCCGCGCACCGGUGACACCGCGUCCUUCCUCGCUCCUCGUCCCCCCCCCCGGCAGCAAGGAACAUGGCAGAGAAGCGGCGAACUCCGUGCGCCCUCAGCGUCAAAGCGCACGCCUUCUCGGUGGAGGCGCUGAUCGGAGCAGAGAAGAGACGCCGGACGGCCGGCGAGGAGGCCGAAGCGCGCGGCUGCGAGGACGGAACGGACGUCGCUGGUUUCACGGGGCCGCGGGCCGAUAGAGCGUGCGCCGGCGACCGGUGCGGCGAGGCCGACUGUGCGAGUGACGGAUUCCCGGAGAGCCAGGACGCUCUGCUGGAGAGCCCACGUCCCGCUGCUCUGUGCACGGGGCCGGUAACCGGAAGCGGGGAGGACCCCCGAGUGGACCUGCAAGGAUCAGACCUGUGGAAGCGGUUCCACGAGAUCGGCACGGAAAUGAUCAUUACCAAGGCUGGACGGCGGAUGUUCCCCGCUAUGCGCGUGAAAAUUACGGGCCUGGACCCACAUCAGCAGUAUUACAUCGCUAUGGAUAUCAUCCCCGUAGACAACAAGCGAUAUAGGUACGUGUACCACAGCUCCAAGUGGAUGGUAGCAGGGAACGCUGACUCCCCCGUGCCACCUCGUGUCUACAUACACCCGGACUCGCCCGCCUCGGGAGAGACGUGGAUACGUCAGGUGGUCAGCUUCGACAAACUUAAACUGACCAACAACGAACUGGACGACCAAGGACACAUCAUCCUGCACUCAAUGCAUAAAUACCAGCCCCGAGUCCAUGUUAUUCGCAAGGAGUGCGGAGAGGAGUUAUCCCCGGUGAGAGCCAUCCCUGCUGGGGACGGCACCCGCACCUUCACCUUCCCUGAAACUGUGUUCACCACAGUCACAGCAUAUCAGAAUCAACAGAUUACAAGGCUGAAAAUUGACAGAAACCCUUUUGCCAAAGGCUUCAGAGACUCUGGCAGAAACCGGAUGGGUCUGGAGGCUUUGGUUGAGUCUUAUGCCUUCUGGCGUCCAUCUCUGCGAACGCUAACAUUUGAGGACAUCCCCGGCAUUACCAAGCAAGGGAUCCCAGGAGCUCAUUGUGCAAUCGGAACCUCUCCUCACCUGAUCUCCACGUCCCAUUGUUCCUCAUCCUUCCAGAUUUGCCCUCACAGCCCGCCCGACUACACCUGCAGCCGACCCUCGCACCCUCUCCAUCGCUAUAGCAACCCCCCGGAGCCCUUCCCCCCUCCCAGGGGUCCCUCAGCUUAUGAAGGCGAAGGAUUCGGUGCUCUGCCUCUCCCCGCGUCUCAACUCGGCUAUCUAUCCAGCCCCACCCCGCAGGGUUACGCUGGGCUCCGUCUCCACACACCGCCGUACAGCCUGUACGGUUACGCAUUCCCUCCGUCACCACGCCUCGCAGUCAGCCCUGAUAAAAUGGCUGCCGCUGCCAAUCAUCAGAGUACCUUCCUUGGCUCGUCUCCCAGUGGAACUCUAACGGACAGUCUGGGUGUACUCGGUGGAGGACAGCAGGGCUUCUUGUUUAACUCCAGGACUUUAGGGCUGCCAGGUAGCCAGCCAGGAAGUUGUGCCUCACAAGUCUCUGCCCACAUUUGACUCCAGACGUUUGUGUUUGCCACGGAAAACCAAAUGCUACCCUGGCAUGGGUGUGAAUGUCUUUUGGUCCAGAAAGUUUGCCCCUUUUAACCAAAGGGAAUCUUUUUUUAAGUAUGUUUUCUAGGAUGGGCAUGUGCAGCUGCAGUGUCUCCUUAAGGAGGGACUUCGGUUUUGGAUGAGGAGUUCAACCGAUGUCACCCGGUGGCUGAAGUGAAGCUGCAUACACAUUGGUAGGAAACUUGGCUGGCCCAGGCACCUCAAGCAAGCACUUCAUCUCCUGGCAGGACGCCCUGAAAAAGUUACUUGUGCCCACUUUGGAGGAAGUUAAUUCUAUUUGAACUUAUUUUUAACUACACAUUUUGAUUGACUUAACUUCUUUUGUUGUCAUUAUGCCUGGUGGUGUUGCCGAUCCUCAUUGAAAUAACACAUGUCUGAGGCAUCCAGUAAAUUACACUACCACAGGGCCCUUUCACCACUCAGGCUUAACACAAAUGGUUACAGACACCACCAGGGGUCUGUCCCAAAGGUGACACCAUAGCCAUAAGAGACCAUGGGACACAUCCCAGUGACACAUGUGGGUAAAUGUGUGGGAGAAGGAUGGAUGACGGACUAAUCAACAUAUUCUACGUCUGGCUUGACCAACGUUUUUGAUGCAGCUUUUUGGAUGUCAGACUGAACUACGUCUUCCCUCGUGUGACACAGACGUAACUGCACGUAGUGACUAUUUAUAUAACAGGGAAAAGGCGCGCCGGACAGGUCUUGUAUAUUCAGGGCUGCGUAACGUGUCCCAUUAAAAAAACACCUAAAUCACCUGCUUGUGCUCUUUUUAGGGGGUCAGGUACGCAACAGCCUACCCUGAACUUGACCAAAAAGCUUUAUCUUUACAAAAACGCGCUAUAUCAGCACGCUCUUUGCUUGAGGACAUUAAUAUGUUCUGUGACCUUUAUUAGCCAAAUAAAAUAUUCAUGUUAAAUGUUCAUAUGUCACCAAUAUCUUACUAAUUUAACAGUUGUUAAUUUAACCAGGUGUGUGUGUGCUUUUUCUUUUCACAAUGUUAAAUAUUCUAAGCAUGUGCCAUGCUUAGAAUAUAACCCUACCUUGUUAAAACAAAGAAUGGAGGACAGUAUGUUUAA